CAGACCCGGGCCUCUGCCUGGAGCACUACGGUGGGGUCUAGACCGCGCGACGGUUGAGCAGCCGGAGGUGCCGGCCGACGGGCGAGGGGCCUUGCAGAGGUCCAGGGGGAAAACUGCUCCACUUUGGCUCAUUGAGUCAUGUAAAGAGGUCCACAUGCUUGUUCAGCCAGCGGUUACUGAGUCUCUGUUGUGCAGCAGGCCUCUGGACACAUGUGACUAGUGACUGCUGUACUGGACAUCACAGCCAUGGAGAAUUUUCUACCGGAGGCAGGGAUAUGUGUCAGAUCUGGAAUGGAGUGAAUGGCUGGACUGAGGCAUUAGCUCCCCAUAGCACAUCGUGGAACAGGAGUGUGCACCUACACAUGGUUUGGCCCUGCAGUAACCGCAGCAGCCCAGGCUGUCACCAUGGUGAAGCUGUUAGUGGUCAAAAUUCUUUGCAUGGUGGGUGUGUUCUUCUUCAUGCUUCUGGGUUCCCUGCUCCCUGUGAAGAUCAUCGAGACAGAUUUUGAGAAGGCUCACCGCUCGAAAAAGAUCCUCUCACUCUGCAACACCUUUGGAGGUGGAGUCUUUCUGGCCACCUGCUUCAAUGCUUUACUGCCUGCUGUGAGGGAAAAGCUCCAGAAGGUUCUAAGUCUUGGGCACAUCAGCACCGACUACCCACUGGCAGAGACCAUUGUAAUGCUAGGCUUCUUCAUGACCGUCUUCCUAGAGCAGCUCAUCCUGACCUUCCGCAAGGAGAAGCCAUCCUUCAUCGACCUGGAGACCUUCAAUGCCGGCUCAGAUGCCGGCAGUGACUCAGAGUAUGAGAGCCCCUUCAUGGGGGCUGCACGGGGCCAUGCACUCUACAUGGAGCCCCACACCCACAGCCAUGGGCUGAAUGUCCAAGAGCUGUCACGCUCCAGCCCCCUGCGCCUCCUCAGCCUGGUCUUCGCGCUGUCAGCCCAUUCCAUCUUUGAGGGCCUGGCCCUGGGCCUACAGGAGGAGGGGGAGAAGGUGGUAAGCCUGUUCAUGGGUGUGGCCAUUCAUGAGACACUGGUAGCUGUGGCCCUGGGCAUCAACAUGGCCCGGAGCUCCAUGCCCCUGAGGGAAGCAGCCAAACUGGCUGUCACCGUGAGUGCCAUGAUCCCUCUGGGCAUCAGUGUUGGCCUGGGCAUCAAGAGUGCCCAGGGCGUGCCCAGCAGUGUGGUUUCGGUGCUGCUCCAGGGUCUGGUGGGUGGCACCUUUCUCUUUGUCACCUUCUUUGAGAUCCUAGGGAAGGAACUGGAGGAGAAGAAUGACCGCCUGCUCAAAGUCCUCUUUCUGGUGCUGGGCUACACCGUGCUGGCCGGCAUGGUCUUCCUCAAGUGGUGAAUGUCCCAUUGCCAUCAUUAUUCAUCUUGGUUGUCCUGCCCUGCCAAAGUCCUCAGGGAGCCCUGGGGUGGAAACAGGCCCCAUCUCUCCCAUCCCCACCCCCACUGGGUAGCUCAGGCCCUGGACCACUGCUUGUGCACAGAGGGGCUAUCCAAGACCAGGCUGUGCCCCAGAUUCUACAUCCCGAGCCUCAGGGCAACACUACUACUUGUAAAAUACUUCUCUUAAAAGUAUUUACCAAAGCUGUGUGGCCAUGUCAACCUGGGCAUGGGGAUCUGGCAACUCACAUGGGAGACAGGGCCUGGUGUCCACAUGGGACCAGGUCUCAAGACCCUCCCUUCCCUGCACACCCUAACUGUGGACCAGGACAGGAGCUGUUGGAGACUGUGAGGCUUCUGUCCUCUACCCCCAACCUGCUCUAUUGCUAACAGAGAAGGCCACCAGCAUGGAGUAUCCAUUCUGCAGUUAGACGGGACAGAUCUGUGACUCCUACCAUUUGAAACUGCCUUCACAGGGACUGACAGUAUCCUGGGUGCCUCAGGACCACUGUCUCCUUCUCUGCCUUCUGGUGCUGUCCUCCCCAAUGGGAAGGUUGCCCUCUUGGGGGCAGAAGCUGCUGGGCCAGGGUGAGCGUGUAGUUUCCCUGAAGGAACAGAUCCAUGGGCUGAGAGAUGUGUGGGCAGGACCAGGAAACACCUUGGCCAUUGGUUCAUAGUCCCAAUGUGUGCCUAGAGUCUCUGGAGCAAGAUGGACCCUGCAGGUUGUAGGGCAGGAGUCACAAGACUUGAUUCCCCCCACAGACACAAACAAAGGAAGUCAGUCCCAGGUGGUGCAUAAGAGCAGAGGCACAGCCAAGUGUUUGGCUGGUGCAAACCCUUGGUGCCAUGGCAACUUCUCAUUAGCCUGCAUUGUUGUCUCGGCAACCUGGGGCAUGCCUGGGGAGUGGGAGUGGGGUGAGCCUCUCCUGGGGGAUUUGCUUGGCUUGGCUCAGAGGUGGUGGGAGGAUGCUUGGGCCUGGUGGCCUGGGCCAGGUUCUCCUGCCCAACCUCAGCUUCUCCCAGCUCUCUCCCAGGCUGCUAGGGCCUGCUUGUUACAUCGUUCCUGCUUCCUGACUCAGCUGGGAGGCCCAGGGCCCAGGUGUGCACCUUUCUGAAAUCUGGGAUUUCCUUCCUGUGCCCACCAGCGCCAGAGAAAGCUGCAGUAGGGCCAUGUAAGCUCCCUGACACGGAUACGUCCCUCUUCCCAUUGCCUUGGACUCUGUGGUCACUCCAGCCAGGUUGGGAAUGUCAGGAGCAGUUAAUUGCUUAUCAAGGGGUGGGUGCCCCGGGGAUUGGCCUGCUGCUGCCCAUUCAGCCCACUCAGCACAAGGUAUGAGAAGGCACAACCUUCGCCACAGACUUGCCUCUUACAAGUGUCUGGGAGAGCUGGGAUGUGUAUUCAAGUUCCCACACAUACACUUUCACUCUAUUGAGUCCCACCCUGGUGUUGUCAGAAGUAUCAGGCCCAUUUCUAGGAACUUCUAUCUGAAACCUUUACCAAGGAUCCAUCUCUGGACCCCAAGCAAGAAAAAUGACCCUAUGGGUGUGGGAACAUCAUCCUCUUUCCAGUGUCCUAAACCCAAUGCUGUGGCCUCCACCUGCCCGCACUUCACCCAGGAACUGGAAGGUUCCAGGUGGGCUGGUCACCAUGGAGCCACCAGAUUCUGGAGUCUACCUUCAGCUGGGAGGAUGGGUCUGGGCAGGGUGUGGGCUGGAGGCAUAAAGGAAGGCUCAGGGGCCUCUGAAUCCAGCGGGAACCCUAUAUGGAAGCAGAGCCACUUUGGCCAAGGAUCAGAAUGUCUCCACGGUGGGGUAGGAAGAGUGGUCCGCCCAUCUGGCAGAGGCUAAAGAUGCAACGCUCAUUCCUGAGGUCUGCCUGCCAAUGGUGGCCAAAUCCUUCCAUGGUCUUCUGAGUCCAGCUCAGCAGCUCCACUCCACACCAGCUCUGACAAGGGAGCACUGCCAUGUUGUGACAGGAGUUUGGGCUUGAAAAAGACUAGGUCCUUUAUCACCCAAGGUCCUGGACCAGUACACUCACAAAACAGGACAUUGGCCACAAAAGACUUUGUCUGUGUAACUUUUGACAUUAAGGAGGUGUAACAUGGCCCUUGGAUGCAGAGAUUCCUCCUCAAGGAUCUUAGUGAACUCUGGUUCUCAAUCCAGGUGAUUCUGCCCCCCAGGGGACACUGUCACAAUGGGAUACUCCUGGCAUUGAGUAGGGGGGCCAGGGAUGCUACUCAGCACCCCACAGGGCCUAGGGCUCUCUGCAGUAUGCCCCACACAGGGCAACAGCUGGGUGGAGUCAACUGGGUUCCCCUGCUUGAUCUGGAGAUGAAAGAGAAGAAAAUUAGAAGGCGGUAUCCAGACCUCAUGGAUUGAAUCAACCGUAAUAACAGUGUGUCGGGGCUUCUAUUGUCUGCUGUUUGGGUUUCCUGUGGAAAAGUUAUUGUGGGGCGCGAAAGGGAGAACACCAAUUCAUGGGCCUGUCUGCAUCUUUAGGGCCCAAAAAGCAUGCAACAAAUAGAAUGAUGUCUCCUAGCACACAGCGCCUUCAGACCUGCACUGGCCACCGAUAUGGACCCUCAACCCUGCUGAGAAGAGAAGGGCAUGCACCCCACUGGUCCCAGCCCAUGCCCUCUGAGCUGUCUUCCAGCUUCAAGACAACCAGUGACCAGCCUAUCUGACCUUCCCAGAGCCACCUGCAGGUGGGGAAGGGGCUGGGGCUCCCGAGGGCAGAGGGGGCUGCUGCAGGGUGUAUGAGUGAUUCUGUGAAGACCCUAGAACUCUAUUCUGGGCUGUCAGAGUGCUGUGUCCAGACUGGAUUGGAGCAGGGAUACCUUCUCUGUCCCUGCCACCCCCUAGGCCUCCACAACUCCCUGGGCAAGAAUAGCUGACCUGGCAGGUCUUGGUGUUCUGAGGGCUGAAAUGAUUGCUGCAUUCCCAGCCUGGCAGGAGAGUACUGGGUUGGGCAGGUGAGCAGUUCAGAGCCCCUGAUUUUUGGGUGCAUGGGAGACACGGCUGAAGACCUGCAUUUUGAGGAAAGUACACAGCCACCAUGGUUGACAGGCCCUCUCCCUUGAGAGACCAGGUGGGCCCCCUCAACUAGUUCAGGUCCAGCAACUCAGGCCCAACAAAUUGGCCCCUAGAGCAGGAUCUUCCCCUGGACACUGGGGCGCCAAGUUCUCUGUGGGGGGCCAUCUGAACAUGGGUGUUGAGCAGCAUCCUUGAGCCCCAUUCUCGUGGUGCCAGGGGCACCCCCAGUGUGACCAUCACAGAUGUCCCUAGACUGCCCAGUGUCCUGUGGGGACAGGAUCACCCUGAGUGAGAUCCACGGAAGGCAGCUCACAUUCUAGGGAGGUAGGCAUGAUAUUAUCUACAUGAUCAACAUUGGGAAAAUAAGAGCAAAAAAGCAAAGUGAAGGGAAGCAGGGACAAUUUUAGCAACAUGGUCAGAGAGGAAAUCCUUGUGAGUCAAGUGUGUGUGAAUCAAUAAGGAAGGAAAGCUUCCAGCAGGGGGACUGACCUGUGCAAAGGCCCUGAGGUCUUUCUGCAGAUUACAGUACUUUUUUCUGAUUGACCGAAGCAGCCCUGGCACUGUAAAAAGACUCAAGCGUUAAAGGGAUUCAUCCUACUCGUGAAGUCUUCAGUAACCCCACUUCACAGAGGGGUUGAUCACAGCACAGCCCAUAGGCUGAACAGUAACCCAAGCUGCCUGGAUCAGGCUGGUGGCCAGUCAGGACCCAGCAUUGUCGACCCUGGGAUGGGGUCCAGCUAUUGCAGAUUGCCUUCUCUUCACCUGGGUUACCAGAAGGGACAUAAUUGGCAAGUCCCCCGUACAUAUAACUAUGCUCGUGAAAGCAAGAGCUGUCCUGGCUGGCUACAGGGAAGGGGGUACUGAUGUCCUCGUUUUGGGUGCUGGGUUGUGGGUUGGGCCCCUGUGCCCUAGGGAAAAUGAGGGGACUCUGGGCCUGUCCUUCCUGGCUCUGGAGGCUGAAAGCCUGGCCUAAGAGCUAUAAAUAGCAACUGCAGAGUGGCACUGCUGUGCCCACGAUCCUGUGUAUGAGUCAGCCUGUCCCAGCCUGGGCUGGCGCCUGGAGCCAGAAAUCGGCCAGAGGCCAGAGGCCCGGCCCAGCACCACCCAGUCACUCAGGAGAUGAAGGCAGGCAGGCAGAGUGGAAAGGAGCUGGGCUGAUGUUUCAGCCCCUGUGUGCCCAGCAGCCCCAUAUAGGUGGCUGUCAUCCCAAUUGCUCCCAGCAACCCUGAGAGGCCAGACAAUAGUGGUCCUCAUUCACAGAUGGGGAAACUGAGGUUUAGAGGGGCACUUGGCUGGGACACGGUGAUUUAGAUCAGAAGUCAGGAUCGAUCUCCCCAUGGGGCUGCCUCCAUGUCUGGCUCACAGCACCCCAAGAUGAAGGGUGGGGUCAGGCCACCCUAUGAGGCACCCCACUGGGCCGAGGACAGGGCAGAAAGGAGGUGUGUGUGGGGGUGUGAAGGGACUUGAAUACCAGGUUGAGAAAGCUGGACCUUGACCUGGAGGUAAAGGGAGAUACAAGCGGGCCCUGGCUGGUUUUGCUCAGUGGU